AUGAUGCUGUGGUGGAGUGAAUCGCUGAAUGAUUUGUAUGAAGCUUGGGAAUAUACGGUUUACAAAUUUUAUCAGUAUGUUGUGAUGCUAACAGUACUGAUUGCGUACAUGUCGAUACUGAUACUCAGAUACUACCAAGAAAUUCCGGUGUAUCGAAAAUUGCCAGAAUCAAGAAGGCAGAGAUCUGGGUCUGUUGAGCUCAUCACAAGCCCGUUCAGCAACGGCAGAGGCUUUAGAAAAGCUAACUGUCCAUUUGGAAGGAAUGCAGCAAUGAAUUAUGUUGAUCGCCGUCGACAGGUUUGUCAAAUCCAGAAGUCAGCUUAG